CACCACAGAGGCUAAGCAACAUUUCCAACCUUCGUUGCGCUCGCGGAACAGUUUGCUCUUGCUCUAUCCGCCUCCUUCACUCCCUGGCCUUUGCUGAAAGUCUCUGGUACAGGCCUCCUGAAAGCAUAAAACUGGACUGCGCUCAAUCCUUGGUGCCUUCAGCCCUAUCCCCUUGUCCUCUGCCGCGUUGUCCGGCAGCUCCACCACUGACUGCCGUGAAAUCCAUUAUCCUGUCUGCGAAUCGGCUCUGCCUACUACCUUACCCUCUUCCCCGUUUUACAUCUGGAGCAAGCAUGGCAAAAGCACAGCGCGAUGUCAAAUUUCGACAUCGCAACAGUGGCUCCCAACCGCGGCCAAGAAGGCCAAGCCAAAGUGUGAGCGACAUCAGCGAAGGCGCGUCAUCGGAGCCCGGUAGCCCCACGCGCAAUGGCGUUAUUGUCGAGGAGAAACCUCAGGAAGUAUCGGAUUUUGAAAAGAAGAAGCAGACCUUCAUAACACGAACAAUAUGGACCUUUAUAAUGAUUGGGGGCUUUUUUCUUGCACUGUUUUCCGGUCAUAUCUAUGUCAUCAUGGUUGUUACUACUGCACAGGUCAUUUCAUUUAAAGAGGUGGUUUCGAUUAUCAACGUACCAAGCAGGUCGAGGAGCUUGCGCUUCACCAAAUCGCUAAACUGGUACUUCCUGGGCACUGCCAUGUACUACCUGUAUGGCGAAAGUGUGAUCUACUACUUCAAGCAUGUUCUUCUUGUGGAUCGCAUUCUUCUACCAUUUGCAACUCACCAUCGUUUCAUAAGCUUCAUGCUCUACAUCUUCGGCUUUAUAUUCUUCGUAGGUUCUCUACAGAAGGGCCACUACAAGUUCCAGUUUACGAUGUUUGCAUGGACACAUAUGGCGCUGUUUCUACUGGUUGUUCAAGCACAUUUCAUCAUGAACAACAUCUUUGAAGGAUUAAUAUGGUUCUUCAUUCCCGUGGCUUUAGUCAUAACCAACGACAUCUUCGCGUACAUUUGCGGCAUUACAUUUGGACGAACCCAGCUCAUUAAACUCUCGCCAAAGAAGACAGUAGAAGGUUUUGUCGGCGCGUGGAUCUUUACCAUCUUGUUUGGUUAUGGGUUGACAAACGUACUGAUGAGGUACAAGUACUUCAUCUGUCCUGUUAAUGACCUCGGCGCUAAUUUCUGGACUGGUCUUGAAUGCGAACCGAAUCCGGUUUUCCUUCCUCGUCCAUAUGUACUUCCCUUUAUCCCGCCCUCAUGGACCAGCAUUCCAUCCACAAUCACCAUAGCCCCCAUCCAAUUCCAUAUCCUGAUCCUCGCAACAUUCGCGUCCCUAAUUGCGCCGUUUGGUGGCUUCUUCGCCUCCGGUAUUAAGCGAACAUUCAAGAUCAAGGAUUUUGGUGAUUCCAUUCCUGGACAUGGCGGAAUGACAGACCGUAUGGACUGCCAAUUCAUCAUGGGAACUCUAGCAUACAUGUAUUAUCAAGGUUUCAUUGCCACACACAAGGCUAGCGUUGGUGCUGUUUUAGAAAUGGCUAUUACAGGCCUCACUGUGGACGAGCAGAUUGAGGUUGUAAAGAGCUUGAGCAAGUAUCUCGUUAAUCAGGGCGUUGUUCAUGAAGGAGUGCUUGAGUACUUGAACGGCCAGUUUAAAGUGCAAUCCAGAUAACUGAUGCCACGUCUUUAGCAUUAUCUAGAGCUGCUACGAUCUUAUAUAGCUCAUUGCAUUUCCAGUGACCUUCGUAGAAGCAUUGCUGUAACCUUCAAUAUUACAGAGGGUUCGCUGUACGAUACAUUCUUCAACAGGACGAUGCUUCAUCAUAUACGGUCUGGGAUAAUCUUCGGUGGAUGUAAUUAUACCCAUUCAAAUUUCUUUGACUUCGUCAAUUGUGAAAGAUGACUCGAGGUCUCGCUUACACUACAUAAUGCUCUGAAGAUGAUACAAAUCUCUAUAAGCUCCGAAUGCUGACAUGAGGUUGAGUGAUGAUUAUCUUUGUCUCGCGAUUCAGCUUUGUUGAAUCUUAUCUGUUACCUUCAGCUCUUAGCAUGCCAUGUCUUACAACAAUAAUACUUCCCAACAGCCUUUCGUUCUUGCUGAUUCUUCAUUUUUCACAUGC